AUGGGGGCGCUGGGGUUCGCUGCUCGCAGCUGGCUGGGUUCCGCCGUCGCUGCCGCCGCGCGGGCUCUGCUGCAGAGGAUGAGCACCGCGCAGCGAUUCGACAUCCUCCCCUACGGCUUCUCCAAGCGGGCGACCAACCGCGGCGACGGCCCCGGCGCCGGCGCCGCGCCGCGCGUCGCGGCGGCCGAUGCCAGGAACGGCGGCGGCGGCGCCGCCACCUGCUCCUUCCGCGCCCACCCGGCGCCGCCGGUCACGCAGGCCGUGUCCUGGGGCGCCAAGCCGGAGCCCGGCGGCAAUGGCGCCGGCGCUGUCUGGGAGAGGAGCAGGGCCGUUAAGCGAGCCCAUGAGGAGGACUCGGGCGAGGAGUACGGCGUCCCCGUCGUUCGCGCCAAGCGAACGAGGAUGGGCGGGGACGGAGAUGAGGUAUGGUUCCAUCGAUCCAUUGCAGGGACAGUGCAAGCGGCGGGGUCCGGGGACGGAGAGGAAGCCGAGGAAGAGAAGGUCUUCCUGGUGCCGAGCGCCGCGGCUUUCCCCCACGGCAUGUCCGCCGCCGCCGCCGCCGCGGGCCCGUCGCUGGCCGCGGCCAAGAAGGAGGAGCUCAGCAAGUCGCCGUCCAACUCGCCGGCCUCGUCGGGCGGCACGGACGGCGGCUCGUCGGCGGUCCGGCCGGAGCAGCUCCACGCGCAUAACGGCGCCCCGGCGGCGCGGGUGGAGGCCAUGGAGCUGGUCGUCGCGCUCACCGCCUGCGCCGACUCCCUCGCCGCCUGCAACCACGACGCCGCCAACUACUACCUGGCGCGGCUGGGCGAGAUGGCCUCCCCCGUGGGGCCCACGCCGAUGCACCGCAUGGCCGCCUACUUCGCCGAGGCGCUGGCGCUGCGCGUGGUGCGCAUGUGGCCGCACGUGUUCGACGUCGCCCCGCCGCGCGAGCUCACUGACGGCGCCUUCGCAGAGGACGACGACGCCACGGCUCUGCGGGUGCUCAACGCCGUCACCCCGAUCCCGCGUUUCCUGCACUUCACCCUCAACGAGCGGGUGCUCCGCGCGUUCGACGGCCACGACCGCGUCCACGUCAUCGACUUCGACAUCAAGCAGGGGCUCCAGUGGCCGGGCCUCCUCCAGAGCCUCGCCACGCGCGCGGUUCCCCCCGCGCACGUCCGGAUCACCGGCGUCGGUGAGUCGAGGCAGGAGCUGCAGGAGACCGGCGCGCGGCUGGGGCGCGUGGCCGCCGCGCUCGGGCUCGCGUUCGAGUUCCACGCCGUGGUGGACCGCCUCGAGGACGUCCGCCUGUGGAUGCUCCACGUCAAGCGCGGCGAGUGCGUCGCCGUGAACUGCGUCCUCGCCGCGCACCGCCUGCUCCGCGACGAGACGGGGGCCACGAUCGCCGACUUCCUCGGGCUCGCGCGCAGCACGGGCGCCGCCAUCCUCCUCCUGGGCGAGCACGAGGACGCCCUCAACUCCGGGCGCUGGGAGGCGCGGUUCGCGCGCGCGCUGCGGUACUACGCCGCGACGUUCGACGCCGUGGAUGCUGCGGGGCUGGCGGACACGAGCCCCGCGAGGGCCAAGGCGGAGGAGAUGUUCGCGCGGGAGAUCCGCAACGCGGUGGCGUUCGAGGCCGGGGACCGCUUCGAGCGGCACGAGACCUUCGCCGGGUGGCGGCGGCGCAUGCAGGAAGGCGGGUUCCAGAGCGCCGGCAUCGGCGACAGGGAGGCGAUGCAGGGGCGCAUGAUCGCGAGGAUGUUCGCGCCUGGCAACUACAGCGUGCAGGUGCAGGGCGACGGCGAGGGGCUCACGCUCCGGUGGAUGGACCAGGCCAUGUACACCGUGUCCGCGUGGACGCCAGUCAGUGAUGCCGGUGGCGGAGGCAGCACGGUGUCUGCGUCCGUGUCCACCACAGCAUCCCAUUCUCAGCAAAGCUGA